AUGAAUCUGGCCAUGGCAACAGGCCACUGGUGGCCACAAAUCAACACUGUAGGGUAUAUAGCUCUUGUCAUGACAAUACUACUAGUUUUCUCUUCCACCCCCAUUUACUACACACCAAUGGACAACCCUCUCCAGAUUACACAGCUCCUCGAAUCAGUGGGAGCUGAUCUCGUUAAUGAGUACAUCAGGGAGAUAUUUCCGACACCUGUCAUCGCGUCUGCGUGGCACAAAAUUGGAAAUGCCCCAGACUGGAUUGAUAUGCAUGCUUUCAUGGGCUGGAUGAGCCGCCGUCUUCAGUCACAGCCAAAAUCCCAAUCCACCCCCACAUCUUCUCAAUGCAUUAAACGGGAGCCUAUCGCCCUGACUUCAAUCAUCAAAUGCAAGCCAGAUAUAAUUAGUCUUACCGAUUCUGAUGGCUCCGAUGUUAUUGAAUCUGUCGGUGCGCCUUCCUGGGCCACCCUUGCUCCUCAGCGACAUCGCAAAGCCUCCUCCAUGGGAAAGAAAAGGCCUCGAAAAUCAUCUCCCAUUGAUUCUGAAGGCUCUGACUGUGAAGUACUUGACAAGCCUUCUACUGCUGCACCACCAUGGCGUCAUCGUAAAACAGCUCCAUCCCAGAAGAAACAUAGGAUUUGA